AUCUCGUGAUGAGCUUCGAGGACGACCAUUGCACCGCCGACACUUACAGCCAUGGGCAAGCCCAAGCCAGCCCGGAAUCAGCUGGUCGGUAACCCCCGCCCUGCAUCCAAGCAGGCGGUGCAGGCCGCGAAGAACUACAUCAACGACUCGCGCAAUCCGGUCGUGCUCAAGAGAGGACCUGCCCCGAAAUACUACGUGGUCUACUACCUGCGCGGACCCGGGGCGCACGGCAGGGAAUAUGGCAUCUUCACGGACUGGAACGAGACCAAGAAACAGACUGAAGGAUGCCAGAACAAAAACACUACCGCAUCGAGCUUCGACGUGGCUAUGGGCCUUCUGAUAUCUGGGCUUGCUCUUGAGAUCGAUGCUGGCGCCUUACUGAAUUAUUCCCCGGCACAUCAAAGCCGAUCUACUGCACCGGGCCCUCCACCCGCACCUGCACCUGUACCCGCGGUGGCGCCUUCUCCGGUCAAGCGCCGUCGGGAGGAGCAGGACGAGCGCGAUCAGGAGCCUUCGGAUGUCUAUUAUUUUGACGUCCAUCGACCCAAAGCCGUCAAACGCGAGGCAAACCAUCGAUGUGGUUCACGCGAGUCACCUAUCAAGAUUAAGGAUGAUGGCGAUGUGGUCAUCAAACAGGAGAAGGAUGACGCUCGCGAGGCCGUGAUCAAGAAGGAGGAUGAUGAUUCCACUCAGGCAGCAAUCAAAACGGAAGAGGAUGAUUCCCACCAGACGGCAAUCAAGAAAGAAGAGGGUGAUUUCUGUGAGGCCGCGGUCAAACGGGAGGGGGAUUUUGACGACGAGGAAGAAGCAAUGAGGGACUCGCAGGGGUUCUUCCCUCUCAAGGGCUACUCAGAUCAAACGAACGAGUACAUCAAACGCGAAAACGAUCGCACUUCAGGCGAGAAAGGCCCGGCAGUCGCAAAGGCGGCCCCAGAGUUUCCCCUAUGCCCUGAACAGCAGCACGCCCUAGAUCUGGCCAUGCAAGGUCACAGCCUCUUCAUCACGGGAUCCGGCGGCUGUGGCAAAUCGGUCCUGGUGAAGGCCCUCAACCAGGCCUUCGAAGCCCAGAAUAAAACCGUCUACCUCGUUGCGCCCACGGGCCAGGCCGCCACUAACAUCAAUGGCAGAACAACAUUUUCCUACGCUGGAUGGGACACCAUCGCCCCGAGGCAGACACUCAGGACUCUCAUCGAGGGCGCGCGUCGCACUUCCGUGUAUGCCCGCAUCGAGAGCACUGACGUCCUCAUCAUCGACGAGAUCAGCAUGGUCGAGAGCGAAUUCUUCAACCGGCUCUCCGACGUAAUCGGCAUGCUCCGACGGGAGGCGUUCGCCCGCGGCGAUGACAAGAUCUGCAGAAAACAGACCACGGAUUCGGUGAGGCGACCGUUCGGCGGCAUUCAGGUCAUCGCCGUCGGGGACUUCUGCCAGCUACCCCCCGUGCAACCGUUCCGAUACUGCACUGAGGAGGUGGAGUAUGACGAGCGUACUAAAUUUUCGACGCCUUGUCAUCGAUAUGUUGAAGAACAAACGAUGGUUUUCGACAAGGACCGCAAACUGCACUUCUGUCCCCUAGAUCAAGCGCACCCUACAUUUCCGGAUGCUCAAAAAUGGGCUUUCAAUUCACGGGCCUGGGCAGAGUGUAAUUUUGAAUACAUUCAUCUGACCAAGAUUCAUCGGCAAACCGAUGAGAAAUUUAUCACGAUGCUCCAGAACAUUCGCCUGGGCCACACAACCGACUCCGAUCUCAACGUCCUACUGCAACAUCGCGAAGUCAGGAAUGGCAUAGCCCUGUUCAGCCAUAAGGACGCAGCCAAGGCCUACAACAAUGGGGAACUCAAAAAGCUUCGCAGCCGCCCAGAAAAGUUUGAUGCCCUGGAUCACCCAGAAGACCUCGGCGACAAGGACGACAAGAACCGAUUCGACAAGCAGCUGACCCUCAAGCCCGGCAUGCCGGUUGUGCUGCUAGCUAAUCUCGACGUCGAGAACGGUCUCUGUAACGGCAGCCAGGGCAAGCUCGUCCGCUUCGUACGGAAGGUGGAGGAAUGCGACAAGCCCAAGAUGCCCGAAAGGGGGAGUUACAAGGAGGACAACUACGCCUUCGAGGUCGCAUGUGCGAGAUAUAAACAGAUGAGCCACUACAUCAAUGGUCCCUUGGGCGCCAAUGGUUUCCCUGAAAUCAUAUUCGCGACCGGCAAAAGUCGCGUUAUCCUUCCCUACUGCAAUAUGCACAACAUCGAAACAGAGAUCAUCCGCACCGUCAACGGGUCCAAAAAGAUACUGAAGGCGUACUCGGCGCGCACACAGAUCCCCCUCGUCCCGGGCUGGGCCAUGACCAUUCACAAGAGCCAAAGCCUGUCGCUCGACCGCGUCAGCGUCAACCUUCAGAACGUCUGGGAUGGAAGGCAGACCUAUGUGGCCCUGAGCCGCGCGCGGACACUCGGCGGUCUCAAGGUCAUCGGAAACAAGUCAAAGAUGAGGCGCACGCUGCCGCUGGACCCCGAGGUGAGCAGAUUCAUGAAGGAGGUAGAGCGCCGGGCGGCAGCGGCUCCGGCAACGGCUUCGACAGCGGCAGCGGCCGCGGUAGACCAAGCGAAUGAUUAGCCUCUCCUUUGAAAUGCACGGGUGGUGUAAGAUGGGCCUUGAACAUCGCUGAGGGAUGAGAGUGGAGGAAGUAAGAUCAAACCCCGGCUCUUUUCGAGCCGAGUCAGCUGUUGAAGGGAUUGAGAGAGAGCGUAUGAACCGCUUGACAGGUUCUUGGUCUUCAAGCUUCGGUAGCGAUGCUUUUUGUUGGCGUAAGGAGGCUUUGUCAUAUUCUGUAGGAUACCAGCUCAAACAACCGAGGCGGGUGCCUCGACGGCAACGAGUACAUUAGCGACGUAAGCGGGAGCUAUCUCGGCGUUGUAGUCAAUACUGGCGUGCCCUCAACCGAUGUGAGGCUGGUUGAUGAUGGACGCGUCCCUUCGAACGUAGGAACACUUAAGAAGCCUGGGAAGCUCGUAGCAGCGGCUUACAUGAUGUAAGUAAGCUGCUUUCCUGACGAUCCCUCAGUAUGGAAUGUACUUACCUAGAAAGCUAGCUCGGGACACAAUCCUCACUUUAUCCCUAUCUUGAGAAUACCCGUAGUGGUCGCCAUAGCUUGUUGCACUACACUAGCGUGAACGGUAACACUCUCAUCAAGAUAAGAGCCAUGGCCUCGGUCAGUUGAGAGGAAAUGAGCCGGCGUACUUUCGUUUCUUGAGCGUCACAUCAUCUGCACAGGCAACCAACACAGACGCACCACGUCCCCUAUCAUUAGUAGGCAACGCGUCAAUCUAGGCCACGAGCAUCAACAAAUCAACAAUGCGUGACUUGCAAGUUCACGGAAAGCGGCUGCAGCGGCGAUGCGGGUGCCUCAAGUUUCCGGCCGAGGAUAGUUAUAGAGAAGGUAGGUAGCCUUGCCUUUUUCCUCUCAAACGGCCAGCCUGCUUGAUCCCCCCCCUUCUUCUUCACUGAGGUGACACGAAGGGGAAGGGACGUGGACGAAUGACAUUCAAGAGAUGAUUGAGUAACACACCAUUAGAUCCAUGCGCACGCAACUCGUUUGUUCGUCCAAGACAACCGGUGAGGCACAGUGUUGCCCCG